GCUUCCGACAAUGCACACUAAAAUUGAAAAGGCAGCAGCCAAUGCCCGUCGACGUGAAGCUGAAGCGAAGGCGGCCGCGUCGGAAGCGUCGAGGCUCGCAGCCGAAGCGGAAAGACUUGAAGCUGAAGCGGAAAAGGCUCGGGAUGAAAAGCGGAAAGCAGAAGAGGAAGCAGAGGCUUACUUAAGAGCCAUACUAGACUCCGCCACUUUGCCCAAGACCAUUUCAAGGAGAAAUUGGUCCAAUGAAGCAAAAGCGAUCGCCAAUCACUGGGACCAACACGGUUUUGCCUUAGGGCUUUCUUUUUCGGCUUUGAUUUGUCUCUGCCAGUGUCUUCCAGGAACUGACUGGAACAUUUGGUUUGAAAACCAUCAGGAAAGUCUCAAGGCGGAGUCGCGCAAGCUGAAUCAGAGGUUCCCGUUCGACUGGAAAGUCUGGAAGUGGUUCCGUGAUGCCGCUGGACCUACAGAGAUAAAAGCUUGCGUCCUUGGACUGGCUUACGAGAUCUUCGCAGACGACCUCCCUGGGCUUAUCAAAAGCCUACACGCGCUUCAUCUUCAGCAGUCGCACGAUUCAGCAGCAACCCCACGUCAUGCUACCCCGACCAACCCCUUGAAGCGGAAACACUCAGAGUCGGAGUCAGGGCUUACGCACAGUGGGAGCUCAGGGACCGUGGCUGGCUCGUGCGUUGGUUCGACACCGACUUUGCUCGAGCCGAAGCCCUCCCCUCAUCCAACGGAAAAUUUCGAUCCCGACCGACACUCCGAUGCCGGACGCCAGCGCCAGGACCUUCCAAACGCCGCGCCAUCUCCGUCUGCAUACCAAGCGUUUGCGGCCCACGCGCCCUCGCCGCACGCCCUCCGGGCUCAGCCGAAGCACUCGGGAACCGGCCACAACGCUUCGCACACGCCCGACGUGCCCGGUUACAAUCCCGGCCGACCUUUUCCGCACCCUGAUUCCCAUCCUGAACCACGCUCAGCCCCGGGUUCAAGCAACGCCAACCUUGGACAGGGCUCUGGUGCAGACACGCCGAUCCAGCAGCCUUCGUCUGCGCCAGCACCCCCUUCCCACCCGGCCCAGUCCACGGUCCACGAUGUCCCGCCCGUGCUUCCAGGAACGGACAACGCACCGCAUACGUCGUACAACCCUGGUUUCCCCUCCGGCUUGGCCUACAGUGCCAACGCAGUCUCGCCGGGGCACAACUUUGAUGCAGGCACUGAGCGACUUCAAUCUCAAAAUUGGGCGGCGACCGCGUCUUCCUAUCACCAAGCCCCACCAUCGCCCAUGCAAAUCGCAAGCCUUCUAACCAAAGACGGGCCCCUUGGCGAGGCUUUACCGCAAACACCUUUGUAUAAGGGCGGGCCAUCAGACCAAACUCCGCAGGGGGCGAAUCCACGUCCCGCAAAAUUUUACGAGAUCGACCAAAACCUGGUGGACCGUACCACACACGUAUCCAUUCUGGCCGGAACGGCCACCUUCCGCCUCGUCAUCCCUGAAGUUGAUAAACCCUUCCUAACCGUAACCGUUUUUAUUCACGAAUCGUAUCGCGAUUAUAUCCUCAACCAACCGACUACUCGCGAAAUGCCUCAGUAGGACUCCAAACUGCAGGGCCUCAGCAAAGCCGUGAUGCCUGCCGGUUGCGAGCAGGGCGAGCAGCUCCUGCUAGGAACAACUUGAUAGAUGAAAGAUAAAAAUAAAAACAAAAUAGAAAAUCGCAACGAGCAAACAUCCUACUUCCAAAGCGCUGCAAGCGCACUCGCCACAUCCGAAACGGUGGCCGGUUUCGCAUCCGGUUUCCCAUCGGUGUAAGUCACAUGGCCAUCCCCUUUUUUUGGUGGGGCGUAAGCCACGUUACC